GACAUCACUGGUCCUUGCUCCAAGCAGAGAUGCAGACCAACUAAGUCAUCAGAAAAGGCAAAAAUCAUCCAGCACAACCUGGCUGAAGGGCUGUUCAGGACAUUGGAAGCAACAGGUCAAGAGGAUAUUGAGUCACACACAGAUUUUGCCAUGCCUGAUACAAGGCAGUGAUGGCUUUGUGGUUUUGAACUGAAUCCAGUUGUGCAUGCAGCUGAAGGCUGAGGUGCCUAAAGGGAUGGUUACAAGCAAGGGUCAUGAAUAAGUGUCAAGAUCUAGACAACUUGUGAGAAUGCCUCGACCUGCUAACUUAGUCCUCUUCCAAAUCACCUUUUAUUUGUUCUUUUUGUGUUGGGAUGUACUGAGUCGAGCCUUGCCCAUUGGUCCAGAUUAUUUGCAGCGUGGCUGGCAGAGGCUUCUAGAAGAAGGGGAGAGCUGUGUAGAAUGCAGAUUGGAAGAAUGUCCCACCCCACGGGGCUGUCUUGCUGGGGUGGUGCUGGAUGCUUGUGACUGUUGUUGGGAGUGUGCCAAUCUUGAGGGGCAGAUCUGCGACUUGGACAAUACCAACCACUUCUAUGGCAAAUGUGGGGACCACUUAGAAUGCCGCCUUGAUUCUGGGGACAUACGACACGGGGAGGUACCUGAACCCCAAUGUACUUGUCAGUCUAGCCAGGCUCUCUGUGGCUCUGAUGGCAAAACCUAUGCUCAGAUCUGCAAAUUCCAAGAGGUUCGUAACUCCCAUCCUGAAACUAAUCUUACCAUAGCCCACAAAGGACCCUGUGAAUCAGAGCCCCAUAUUGUGUCUCCUCCCUAUGACAUCUGGAACAUCACUGGGCAAGAUGUGAUUUUUGGCUGUGAGGUCUUUGCGUAUCCCAUGGCCUCAAUUGAAUGGAGGAAAGAAGGACUGGAUAUGCUGCUUCCUGGAGAUGACCCCCACAUUUCAGUUCAGUUUAGGGGAGGCCCUCAGAAAUAUGAGGUGACCAGCUGGCUCCAGAUCCAAGGUGUGAGGGUGACUGAUGAGGGAACAUACCGCUGCUUUGCAAGGAACAAUAUUGGGCAAGUGGCAGCACCUGCCAAUCUUCUGGUUCUCACUCCUGAUCAGCUGAAUAUGACGAAAUUGGUUCUACCCCAAAUGCCUAACCAAGGAUUGGAUGAGUACAUAGAGAGUGAUGAGUCCUAUGACUAUUAUUGAUGGUACAUAUGAGGCAGGGGCUGCAAGAAUUCAAUUGAGAUUUGCAUCUUUUCCCAUUUGAGCAUUUGUCUGUUCACCAGCUGCAGCCUUGAUUUCAAAAAUAACAAAUACCUUGUGCCAAAUUUAAAAACAGCUGAAAAUCUUGUUUGGGGUGGGGUAGCUGAAAAUACUUAAUCAUUUGACCCAUCCCUUUGCUGGAUGAAGAGGAUGCAACAGAUAGUCGGAGGUGAAUCUAUUGUAUUUAGCUGAUCCUAGAGCAAAUGGGCAUUAAAAUAGUUUGA